ACGCAUCGAUUAAAUUGGUCAAUUCGAAUCUAACAGAUGGUGUGAUGAAGAGGAUACUGCUACCCUCGCCGGUAGCUGUUGGGUUCAGUAUACUUCGGCGCAUCGCCGGGACCGGACCAUCGCCGUACAAGAGCAUCGUCAAAUGCGGUAGUCCUCGAUCAACGGUUACAAACUCAGCAUCAUUGGAUCAGAUCUCUCUUAAAAGGUGGUACGUGAUACGGUUGGCCGCUGCCAGAGCGUGCCAGAGUGUUUCGAGUGUGCUUUAAGGAUAAAAAUAGUGAAGUGACUGGUGGUGACUGGUGGUGGCUCAAGAAUGCAUAGAGUCACGGUUGGUCUGCUGUUGCUGGUAGCGCUAGUGAUACCGUGCAAUGGGCAGGAAGAGUAUCACUGCGUGAUGCAUGAUGUGUGCGCACAGAUCGGCAUCCACGCGCAGAACUGUCCGGUCAAGAUGGCACCCAAACCGCUGACCGAACCGGUUGCGCAGGAGAUCAUGCACCGGCGGUGUGGAUGGAUGUUUCCAUCGGACGAUACGCCGGUGUGCUGUGCGGUGAGUCAGGUGAUCGAGAUGGACAAGAACUUCCAGCAGGCCGAGGGACUGUUCAGCCGCUGUUCUACCUGUCUCACGAACAUGCUGUACAGUAUCUGCAGUUUGGCGUGCCAUCCGGAGCAGAGCCGCUUCCUGACGGCUUACACCGAACCGGUGAACGGGUUGUACGUCGAUCGGGUCGACUACCGCAUCGAUCGUCAGUACGUGCAGGAUACGUACGACUCGUGCAAGGGCAUCGUGCUACCGUCCAGCGGGAAGUACGCGAUGGACGUCGGGUGUGGUUUCUGGGAAGCGGCCGGUUGUACGGCCGAACGUUGGUUCCAGUAUAUGGGUGCGGCCGACAAUGAGUUUGUACCGUUCGAGAUCAACUACCUGUACGAGGAGGAUCCCGAGAAGCGCUUCAACCAACCGGUAAAACCCUGCAACGAGGCGUACGAAGGUUCGUACGCCUGUUCCUGUGUCGAUUGUGCCGACAGCUGCCCAACCAGCGAUCCGCCCCAGCCGAAGGAUCCGGGCUUUAUGGUGGGUGACCUGAACGGUGUUACCUUCACCGUGGCCGUUGUCGUCGGUGGCAUUGGGCUGGUUUGCAUAACGCUGUCACUGGUGUUUGGUGGCAAAAAGCAAAGCCACCGAAUGUCUGAUAUGCCGGCGAUUCUCGGUGGAUUCCCGUCUGUCAACCGUGCGCUUGGGAGGAUAUUUACCCGGUGGGGCACCUUCUGCGCCCGCAAUCCGGUGCUGAUACUGGCCAUCUGUUCGUGGAUUAUCGGAGGACUCGCGUUCGGCAUACAGUAUCUGAUCAUAACGACCGACCCGGUGGAGCUGUGGGCAGCACCGGACAGCCGGUCCCGCCAGGAGAAAGAUUACUUCGAUUCGCGCUUUUCACCCUUCUACCGUACGCAGCAGAUCUUUAUCAAACCAACGCGGCAGGACUAUUUCAUUCACCCGACGGCGGAAGGUAAUCAAACGUUCGGGCCAGCCUACGAUAGGGAGUUCCUGCUGGAGGUGUUCCAGCUGCAGAACAGCAUCGAACAGCUCGGACAGGCGGAGGGUCGUGGUUUGGAGAAGAUAUGUUACGCCCCAAUGACGGCGGUCGGCGCAGAAACGGUACUGUCCGAAUGUACUGUGCAGAGCGUGUUUGGCUACUUCAAGAACAGUCUCGCGGAGUUCAAUCGUACCUACACCGAUCUGAACGGAUACGAAGUGAACUAUCUGGACAAGAUAAACGGGUGUACCCGGAAUGCCUAUCUGCCGUCCUGCUUUGGCACGUACGGUGGACCAAUCGAGCCGGGUGUAGCUGUCGGAGGGUUCCCAACACCCGAGCCGGGUGCAAAUCCAGACUUUCGUCUCGCAACCGGUGUUGUGCUGACGUUCCUGGUCGAGAACAAGGCUAACAAGGAUGAGCUCGGACCGGCACUGGAGUGGGAGAAGCGCUUCGUUGACUUUAUGGCGGACUUUGAGCAUCCCAUGAUGGAGGUUGCUUACUCGGCCGAGCGUUCCAUCGAGGACGGUAUCGAUGAGAUGUCCGAGGCGGAGAUGUACACCGUCAUCAUUAGCUACGUGGUGAUGUUCGUGUACAUCACGUUUUCGCUGGGCAAGAUCCGAGGCUUGCGCCAGUUUCUGCACGGUUCGCGCAUUGUGCUUGCGAUCGGUGGCAUUGUGGUGGUGCUGGCGUCUGUCGCCUGCAGUUUGGGCUUUUUCGGCUACCUGGAGUUGGCGACCACGAUGCUCACGAUUGAAGUGAUCCCAUUUCUGGUGUUGGCGGUCGGUGUAGACAAUAUCUUCAUGCUGGUGCAUGCGUUUAACCGGAUCGAUCGGGAACGUACGCCGGAGACGGCGUGCGCUAUCGGCGAGGCACUCGGGCAGAUCGGACCCUCGAUUCUGCUUACCUCGGCGAGCGAGUGUUGCUGUUUUGCGAUUGGUGCACUCUCACCGAUGCCAGCCGUCAACACGUUCGCCUGGUACGCAACGGUAGCACUGCUGGUCGACUUUUUGCUUCAGAUUUCCGCCUUCGUUGCGCUGAUGGCGUUGGACGAGAAGCGUGUCGAACGGGGUCGGCUAGAUUUGCUGUGCUGUGUGCGUGCUACCAAGAACCCGGAUAAACCGACCCAACCGGACGGACCUGGGUGGUUGGAGCGGGUAGUUGAGAAGUUCUACGUGCCGUUUUUGCUACGCACCAAGGUACGGUUACUCGUGCUGGCGGUGUUUCUCGUGUGGGGCUCACUAUCGUUGAUGGUGGUUCCGAGCAUUGAACCGGGGCUGGAUCAGGAGCUAUCGAUGGCGGAAGACUCACAUGUGGUCAAGUACUUCCGCUUCAUGGCCGAGCUGUUCUGGAUGGGUCCGCCGGUGUACUUCGUGCUCAAGCCGGGACUGAACUAUACCGACGUGCAGCAUCAGAACUUGGUGUGUGGUGGUAUUCUGUGCAAUGACGACUCUGUCCAGACGAAGCUCUACCAAGCUUCCCUGUAUCCGGAAACCACCCACAUCGCGAGACCUGCCUCAUCGUGGCUGGAUGACUAUAUAGACUGGCUCGCGAUCCAGUCCUGCUGCCGGUACAAUCCCAGCGAUGGAUCAUUUUGUGCUAGCAACCUUCCGUUCCUGUGCCCUUCGUGUCCAAGGGAGUACGACGAAACCGGUAUCCGUCCGACGGUAGCACAGUUUGAGCGCUAUCUCGAGUUCUUCCUGUCCGAUCUGCCGGAUGAAAACUGUGCCAAGGCGGGACGGGCAGCGUACUCCCGUGCUCUGAACUAUGUGCUCGACAGUGACGGUCAGCUGAAUGUGCAGGACUCGUACUUCAUGAGCUACCACACGACAACAGUCACAUCGCGCCAGUUCUAUACGGCGCUCGAACAGGCCCGCCUGAUCGCUGACGACAUCCAGCAGAUGCUGGACGAACGGAAUGCCGGCGUGGAGAUCUUCCCGUACAGCGUGUUCUACGUGUUUUACGAGCAGUAUCUUACGAUCUGGUCGGACGCGAUGCAAUCGCUCGGACUGUCACUGGCGGCCGUGUUUGUGGUGACGUUCCUGGUAACCGGGCUCGACAUACUCUCAGCGCUGGUGGUGAUACUGAUGGUGUUCCUGAUCGUACUGAACAUGAUGGGACUAAUGUGGCUGUGGAACAUCACGCUCAACGCUAUCUCGCUAGUGAACCUUGUGAUGAGUGUCGGUAUCGGUGUGGAGUUUGUCUCGCACAUUGUACGUACGUACCGGUUAGCGCACGGAACCCGCAUGGAACGAUCUGCCGAAGCGAUGGUCCGUACCGGUAGUUCGGUGUUCUCCGGCAUCACGCUCACCAAGUUUGCCGGUAUCAUCGUACUCGCCUUUGCCAAGUCACAGAUCUUCCAGAUCUUCUACUUCCGGAUGUAUCUGUGCAUCGUGCUAGUGGGAGCGGCCCACGGUCUCAUACUGCUGCCCGUGUUGCUGAGCUACAUAGGACCACCAGCACCACCACCAGCUCCAGAAACGCACACAUUCGCCGAGUCCCGCAGUACCAGGGAUACACAGAAGGAAGAAAAGGUGGAUCUAGGCAACGAGGAACCCUUCGCAACAACGCUGACCACCGACGAAACGACGACCACGAUAGCCAACGGUAACCCAGAACAAAAUGGAGUCAGCUUACGAUAGAUGUGAAUGUAUUACGGUUACGUGUAGGAGUGUGUGUGUGUUUCCUUUGAUUAAUAAUUUAUUUACUACUUACACAGAUGCACAACACUCACAGCUGGAACACUAAUAAAGCAAAACUUAUGGAAAA